AUCACACGCCAUCCACUUUGGGUUAUACGACGACAAUGGUCUGACGAUGGAUCUAUAAUUCACACGGAGCGAAUCAACCAUGACGUCACUGGGAAAUUGCCCUGUAAAUCGCAACCGAAUCCUCCGGGUUCUAGCGGGACUUAUAUUGUUUUCAGCACUGUCUGUAUUUUUUGAACUGUCCUUUGCAGACUUGAGAUACGACAUCGUGGCAAACAUGAAACUAGAACCACCGAAAGACGUUCUUGUGAUUGACAUCGCACCAACUGUCCUUCCAGUGAAAAAGAAAAUUGUAAUAUACCGGUCGUACGAAAAGGAAUUUUCUUACCCAUCUUAUGUCAACCUGUCCUCCAUGGUUGCUGAUGCCAUCAGAAAAAAUCUGACAUAUAUUCAGAAUCCUCCGGCUAACUACCACCCUUACAAGUAUAUGAACAUGCCUGUCAACUGUCGGUUACCGACUAAUAAUGAUUCAACCAAAAGAAUUCUCGUUCUAGUGAAAUCGUAUGUGGGUAAUGUUGAGAUGCGUGUGGCUAUAAGGUCGCUUUGGGAAAAAGUCAAGGACCCCUACAUGUCACUUGUAUUCAUGCUGGGCGAGUAUCCGAAGGAUAAUAGUGGUCGACGAUGGCCUAUAGACAGAGAAAACAGAAUCUACAAGGACAUUAUACAGGAGAAUUUUGUGGAUUCUUACUUCAACAACACAAUCAAGACCAUCAUGGGCUUCAAUUGGGCUGUGAGACAGUGUCCCCAGGCAGAUAUGCUUCUCUUCCAUGACGAUGAUUAUCAUGUUAAAUACACGAACCUUUCCAUUCAUCUGCGAAAAGUAUUAUCAGUCAAUAAAACCAACAUCUACAGUGGAAGUUUGGCUGUGAAUGCCAGACCGUACAGAAAUAGAGGAGAACGUUGGUAUGUUACAGUCAGUCAGUACCCUUUCGACGUAUUCCCGCCUUACAUUGGCGGCGGUGCCUACGUCGUGUCGGCAGACGUAGCCAAGAAAUUUCACAUGGCGUUUCCUCACGUAAAGUAUCUUAAUUUUGACGAUGUGUAUCUAGGGAUUGUUGCUAAGAAGAUAAAUAUUAAUCCUACUAGUGACAAGGUUCUGGAUACACUCUUCUUCGGGGCGCUCGCCAAGGAAUGUUCCCAUAAAGCAGACGAGUUAUUUCGAGGACAAUGUCCUCUAGCAAGUAAAAAGAGGGAAAUAGCCAACCUACCUGAAACAUUUGAAAACGAUUUAAAUAACUCCCAAAGUUUAAACAGUAGCGAUAUGCCAUACAUGUCUUUUGAGAAAGGCUUCUCCUGGCCAUUAGAAUCUAAUAUUAAAGCGGCAGUGAAUGGGAAGCUGAUUCACAACCAUAAAAUUAACCUAAGAAAUAUCAACGCUCAUUCUUAUUUGUAUAUGAAUGAACCAGAUAAGUGCAAGUUUACAAAGCAAAGUAGGAAUAUAAUUAUAUUUGUGAAAUCAUAUGUUAAGAAUCUAGAACAAAGAGCAGCAAUAAGAAGAAUGUGGAACGAAAGUCGUCGGAUGUAUCCAACAUCCCUUAAGUUGAUUUUUCUUCUCGGACAAGGACUCUACCCUGAAGACAGGCCUCCAGUAGAAAUGGAAAACGAGAAACAUGGAGACAUUUUACAGGAGGAUUUUAAUGAACACUACAGAAAUAAUACUUUAAAACUUAUAAUGGCACUUAACUGGGUGAUGACCAAUAAGGAGUGUUCUAAGAACACGCCUUCUCCUGUUUCUUGAUGACGACUACUUCGUGCAUCAGAAAGAACUACUGGCAUACCUGAACGGUUUACCAAAUCUUAAUACAGUUUUUCUUGGUAAAGUAAUGAAACAGCAACUUCCAUGCAGACUUCCGCAUGACAAUAGGAAUUUGGUCUACAAACAGUAUCCGUAUGAUGCAUUUCCUACCUAUCUUAAAGGUGGUGCUAUUUUACUCUCGUACGAAGUGGCUCGUAAAUUCCAACUGUCCUUCCCAUUCGUGAAGUACCUUCCAUUGGACGAUGUUUAUCUGGGUGUAGUAGCUUGGAAAUUGCAGGUCGAACCCAGGCACGAACCAAUUUUUGACACAACGUCAAGUUCUGCCUUGGCAUACGAAUGUUCUCACAUUGCCUCAAGACUUAGCAAAGGCAUAUGUCCACUACGCAGGCAAACUACAAAGGCAGGUGUUCCAAAAAUAACCAAGCGAAGAGAAGGAUUCUUUUCGCGUUUGAAGAAA